GGAAUAGAACGCGCAAACCGAGGAACGAAGCGCGGCGAAUAGACGAGUGGAUGUUCGUGGGCCAUCGUAGCCGGUAUCGAUUCGUGGUUGUUCUUACCUGAUCUUCCGGCUACUAGCGCUCCGGCCGAUUUGAGCGCCUGUACCGACGCGGUCAUCACGCCACACGCGGUGCCGUUAUGACGGAUCCGCGCAUCGCCGCAUAUCGUACGCGGUUCGGCGACCGUGUGGCAGUUCCUUACGCGCGAACGGAAGGCCCCGCUGAGUAAUGGCGCGCCGGGAUGCUAACGAGUAGUAGCCCAGCUGACCACCGAAUGGCGGACAACAUGGUAGCUCGCAGUGGCCGUGCACCGGGAGGCGAUACGUUUCCGCAUACGUGAGCUACGACCGGCUGCGAGAGGUGGACGGGCGGAAGGGUGGGACGGUUGGGACGGUGAGGUUUGGGCUACGAUGAGUACUGACAGUCAUGAUCAGACGAAACCCUGUAAAACACCCGUGAAGAGCGAGGAGGAGAGCGCGUUCGAUGGUAAACGGAUUAAAAAGGAGCGCAGUGACACUUGUGUGGAGAAUGGCGACGCCGCUUCCAUUGCCGUCGCUACCUCUACCUCUUCAGCCACCGUCACCGCUGCUGUUGCUGCCGCCGCCAAUACCAUCACCACCAACAUCACCGCCACGACCGUGCUCGAGAAACGACAGCCACCGGCCGGCAGAUUUGCCUCAAACGGCUUUCACGGGGAUGGCGAUCAGCUGCAGGACCUCGUUGCGACCAAAUUCGCGACUUUGGCCAACCACGGUGUCUCUUCUAAGCAGGACAAGAUUCGGAUUAUGAUAGAGGAUGGCAUUAGCGAAGAAUCUAGAGUGCAUGUGGACGAGAUCUUCUCGCAGGUGGAACGACUUAAGAUAGAAGAAAAGUUAUUAUUGUACCUGAAACUUCCGUUAUUGCUGACAAAUUCAAGUGGGACCGUCGAUCCAUUGAGGCAGCCACUAAAUCCAUUAGGAAAUCGUUACGAAAUUCAUCAGACCAUUAUGUGGAUUAAGACUCAUUUAGAAGAAGAUCCGGAUGUAUCUUUACCGAAACAAGAAGUGUACGAUGAAUACAACAUGUAUUGUAUAAGAAAUUCUAUGAAGCCGUUAUCGACGGCCGACUUUGGAAAAGUUAUGAAACAAGUAUAUCCGCGAGUGCGUCCUCGUAGGCUGGGCACACGGGGCAAUUCUCGCUACUGUUACGCUGGUAUGCGCAAGCGAAUUAAAUUGGAUCCUCCGACACUGCCAAAGAUAUGUGACUCUCAAACUGAAGAACAUUCAGAGGGAAAUAUCACUGAGGAAAUGCUAGGCGCUGCAUCUACAUUGAUAAGAGAAUGGGCAGAGAAAAUGUUGGGCCUGAAAUUUCCAAAUUUGAGUGCCUUAGCGCGGCAUCUUGUUGAUAAUUUUCAUGUCGAUACUCGAUCUUUGGCUGCUGUAUGCAUUUCAGCUUCGGAACAGCAUGAUGCUUCAUCUAAUAAAGAGGUUAUCACGGAUUUACCAACAACACCUGUAAGUGAUAAGCCCGCUAAGCUUCGAGAAGCUCAGUUGCAAUUGCAACGUAAGCUUCAGCAACGCGAACAUAUAAAAGAUCAGAAGCAUCGUUGUCCUGAUCCCAUUGUACAG